AUGAGCAAGUUCACCAUUUGCCUCCUCCUCGUCGUCCUGGCCAUCGUGGCCAUCCAGGCUGAUGGCGAUCGGCGUCCAUGUGUGGGUCGCUGCACCGGUCUUUCCAGCGGCAAGAGCGUGUGCAUCCGCAACAAGGUGACCAAUGUCUGCACCCGCCUGCCGGCCUGUCGUCUGCGGGAGAAGAACUGCCGCCGGCGGGACAAUGGACUGGAACCCAUCCGGGAGACGUGCAUCACCCGCUGCCGCAACAUUGCCGGCACCAGCGGCGUGGGCCAGUGCGCCACCAGGCUGCGUCCUCGUCCCCAGUCCGAUGGCAAGCGCAUCAGGGAGUGCCAGAGGGGGGCCUGCGACGACGACAAGAUGGCCAGCUGCUGGAGGGACCAGCAGGGCGCCUGCAUCCUGCAGACCCGCUGCGAGGCCCAGAGGAGGAACUGCGUCCGCAAUCCGCUCAACCAGUGGGUGAGGACCAGCAAGUGGAGCUGCCAGGGCAAUGUCGUGGGUGGUGGCAUCCGUCGCUGCCGCACCAGGCCCAUCAUCAUCAAGGACUAA